AUGGUCUCGUUCACUCCUCUCGCUGGAGGAGCACAUUCGGCAUCCACGAUACCGUUGGCCUAUCUGCUCGACAUUGAUGGCGCCAAAAUUCUUCUUGAUUGUGGGUCGCCAGAUUGGCAUCUUGAUGACGACCUCAAAGUCGGUGAAGAGCAGAAGCAGAUAUUCGAGAGCUACUGCGCCCAGCUUCAACGAAUAUCGCCAGAUAUUGACCUAGUUCUGUUGUCCCAUGGUGACUUAGCGCAUGCUGGUCUAUAUGCAUAUGCCAACGCUCGCUGGGGACUUACUGCAACGGCGUAUGCAACCCUUCCGGUUCAAGCAACUGCGAGACUUGCAACCUUGGAGGAAUCUAUCACUCUACGUGGGGAAGAACAGAUCGAUUCCGACCCUCAACCAACCCCAGAAACGGACGGCAUGGAAAUAACACCAGCUGAAGAGAAGAAGCGAACCAAAAUCCGAGUCGCAAAACCACAAGAAAUCAAUGAUGCCUUUCAGUCUAUUAUCACCUUGAGAUACUCUCAACCGACGCAGCUAGCAGGGAAGUGUCAGGGUAUCACAAUCACACCCUUUUCCGCUGGACAUACGAUUGGAGGGACGAUUUGGAAGAUUCGCUCCUCAUUGGCUGGUACAAUUGUAUACGCUGUCAAUUUGAAUCAUCUCAAGGAGCGACAUCUUGACGGCUCAGUCCUCACCCUAUCGACAGGAGGGAAUGUAUUUGAGCCUCUUGCUCGACCAGAGGUACUCAUUACGGAUGCGGAGAGAGCAUUAACAAUCGGCAGCAAACGAAAGGAUCGCGACAGAGCGUUGCUUGAUCUUAUUACUGAAACAAUUGAGUCCGGUCACUCUCUCCUUCUCCCAGUCGACUCUUCCACCCGCCUGUUGGAAUUGCUGGUCUUGACGGAUCAGCAUUGGGCAUACUCAAAGAUGCGCGCGCCAAUUUGUUUGAUCAGCAAGACAUCACGACAACUGCUCUCUAUGGUCCGUAACAUGAUGGAAUGGCUUGGGGGUACCAUCUCGAAAGAGGAUCUCGGUGAUUCGGCAAAGAAUCAACGAAGGCGGCGAGAUGAAGACGACGAGGCAUUGGGUGCACUUGCGUUGCGCUUCAAGUUUGUCGAAUUCUUCUCAAAUCCAGAUGAGAUGAUCAACAUUUUCUCAUCAAGAGAGCCCAAGCUCAUUCUCUCUGUCCCUGCUUCACUCUCCCAUGGUCCAUCUAGAUCGCUCUUUGCCGACUUUGCCGUCAACGAAGGAAACAUGGUCGUACUCACCCAGCGCACUGGAAUGGGAACACUGAAUCGCUUCCUAUUGGACCGCUGGGAAGCAGGACAAGAGGACUCACAGCGGUGGCAAGAUGGUCACAUCGGGGUACCUGUAUCCCUGGAUAGACCAAUUGAUAUGGAACUCCGCAUCAAAGUUCCCCUCCAAGGCGUAGAACUCGAGGAAUAUCGAGAAAAGGAGAAGUUGGCAAAGGAACAAGCGAAUGCGAAGAAAGCUGCUGCGGCUCGACAACAACAGAUGCGUGAAGAAGAAGUCGAGUCAUCGGGAUCAGAGUCCGACGAUUCAGACGAUUCAGAUUCUGGAGAGGACGUGACUGCAGAAGUUACCGAGGAGAUGGAAGGAGUCGAUUGGACAAUCCUGGAUCAAGAAGAAGUAGGCCUCAGAUAUCAAUCCUACGAUAUCUACGUCAAAGGGCAUCAAAACAAGACAUCCAAUUUCUUCAAAAGCAACGAUGCAAGUGUGCCGCGCUUUCGCGUAUUUCCCUUCAUCGAGAAGCGAAAACGUGUGGACGAUUUCGGAGAGGUCAUCGAUGUCAGCUCGUGGCUACGAAAGGGAAAGAUUAUGGACCAGAAUGCCGAAAGCGAGCAGUCGAAGGCUAACAGGCUAAAGGCGGCAGCAAAGGAGAAAGAGCAACAACCAGAAGAGGCUCCAUCAAAGUUUAUCGCCGAGCAGAUAAGCAUCGACAUGCGAUGCAAAGUCAUGUUCGUCGAUCUUGAGGGCGUGCACGACGGAAGAGCUUUGAAGAACAUCCUCCCUCAGGUCAACCCACGGCGUCUGAUCAUCGUUCAAGCCACUUCCGAAGCUACAGAAUCCUUGGCCGAGGCCUGCAAGGCUAUUAAGUCGAUGUCGGCAGAGAUCUACACGCCAAGGGUCGGAGAGACAAUACGGAUUGGAGAGAAUAUGGAAAAUUAUACCAUCGCUCUUUCGGACGCGUUGAUGAACUCAUUGAAAAUGGCAACGUAUGAGGACAACGAGAUUGCGUUUGUUCGCGGAAGACUCAGCAAUCCGACCAGUACCGGUAUCUACGUUCUCGAACCGCCACGUUUAGGCAUGCAGCGCACGACGGAUGUCGAAAUGGCCAAAAAAGAGAAUGGUGUUGCCGCUGCGAAAGAUUCGUCCACAGCCGCGGUGAUCCCUCGCGCCAUCAUGAUUGGCGACCUCAAACUCACCGCACUCAAAAUCCGACUCAACCGAUUAGGAAUUGCCGCCGAGUUUGCCGACACGGAAGGGAGAGGUGCGCGUCGAAGGAGACGCCUCGCCUCUGUUCUACAUGGUGCGAGAAGAGAUCUAUAA